CUGGGUUGCAAUUUGGCCUCCAGACCUUUAGAUGCCUCUGUAGCAGGCGCCUCUGUGGUUGUAAGUAAGAGAACAACAGGAAACGGAGGAGGGUCAGGCGCGAUCAUGGCUGAGGAAGAAGAAGAAAAUCUUCAAGCUCCGCAAGGUUUGCAGGAACUGGUUGACCAGCUAUAUCAUUUCCGGGACCAUUAUUUUGAGAGCCGCAAGGUGGAGGAUGCUGGGAAAAAGCAGCAGGAUGUCCGGGAGGAGCUGGAGAAGACUCUUCAGCGAAUAGAAGCGAUAGGAGGCCUGUCUGAAGGGCGAGCUCACACACUGAUGCUGAAGGGGAAAGCUUUGAAUGUGUCCCCAGAUUAUAAUGCCCAAGCUGAAGAGCUGCUCUCCAAAGCUGUCAAGCUGGACCCAGAACUGGUAGAGGCCUGGAAUCAGUUAGGGGAGGUUUACUGGAAAAAGGGCGAUGUCUCUGCUGCCCAUACCUGCUUCUCUGGAGCACUUAGUCAUUGCAAGAACAAGGCCUCCCUGCAGAAUCUCUCUAUGGUGCUUAGGCAGCUACGCACAAACUCUGCCGACGAGCAUGCGCACAAUGUGAUGGACAGCGUGCGGCAGGCUAAGCUGGCCGUGCAGAUGGAUGUGCGUGACGGCCGCUCCUGGUAUGUUCUGGGCAAUGCCUACCUCUCCUUGUUCUUCAAUUCAGGGCAGAAUCCCAAGAUCUCCCAGCAGGCGCUGAGUGCCUAUGCUCAAGCAGAGAAGGUGGACCCCACCGCAUCUUGUAAUCCAGAUCUGCAUCUUAAUCGGGCCACGCUGUAUAAGUAUGAAGAAAACUAUGUGGAAGCUGUGGAGGGUUUUGCACAGGCAGCUGCCCUUGAUCCAGCUUGGCCAGAACCACUCCAACGGGAGCAGCAACUCAUCGAUUUCCUAGGGCGACUAAACAGCCUCCUUGAAAACAAGGGAAAGGUGAAAGGCAAGAAGCUGCAGAGCAUGCUGGGAAGCUUGCGUGCCUCCCAACUGGGCCCAUGUGGUGAUGGCCGCUACCAAGGACCCUCGGGUCAGAAGGUGGAGCUGCAGCAGCGGCCCUUGAGUGCCUUGCGGCCUGGUGUUAACUCUGGCACAGUGGUGCUGGGGAAGGUGCUGUUUAGCCUGACCACCGAGGAAAAGGUGCCCUUCACUUUUGGCCUGACUGACUCCACCGAGGGCCCCUGUUUUGCUGUUACGGUUUACAACAUGGCACAAAGCUGGGGGGUGCUGAUUGGGGACUCGGUGGCCAUCCCCGAGCCUCACCUUCGGCACCAUCACAUCCAGCAUCAAGGCAAGAGUUUUACUUUCUCUAGCAUCCGGGUGGAGACACCUCUCCUACUAGUGGUGAAUGGGAAGGUGCAAGGAUCCCAGAGCCAGGCUGCAGCCACCAUUGCCUAUCAGGCACAAAGUGAAUGAAGUAGGGGAGGAGGCGGCAAGGUGUGGGGACUGCUCCCUCCUUCAGUGGUGCUUGGCCCUUGGAUGGAACUGGCUACCUCUUGGAGUAUCUAGAAAUUCAAUGGCCUAGGGCAGCCUGUGUAGUGUCCUCCAGAUGUUGCUGAGCUGCAGUUCCCAUCCUGCCAUUGGCUGUACUAACUGGGGGCUGAUGGGAGUUGUAGUCCAACAUCACCUGGAAGGCAUCACAUUGGCUGUCUAUGGCCUAGAGAGGUUAGACUCGUUUUUUAUAAUAUGUUCAGGCAUUAAGUGAUGGAGUGGGAGAGACAGAGAGGGAAUCACAGCCCUCGUUAUUUUUCUUUCUCAGUUCUACAUCCACAGGUGCCAGCCCAAUGCAUUAAACCACUGCUAUAAUAAAAUUAGGAUUCCUGAGUCAGUCUGAAAAAAUCAGGGGCUGCUCAGUUCGCUCCAUUGUCUUUUGUCAGACUCCUCCCACUUUUCCAACACCAGGCCUGCUAUGUCUCAACAGUUAGGGAGGGUGACCCUUUCGCCUGUUGUUCACCUCAACUUCCAUUUCACUUCAGUUUGGGCACUUGAGCCUCCUUUGGCUCAUCCGUCUUUCGUAGAUCCCAGUUGGCUAAGUGCUAGCCCAUUUGUUUGUAUGUGUAUAUAGCAGAUAAUAACGUCAGUAUUUAUUUGGCAGUGUUUUGACUUUGUUUUUGUAAUUUUUAUACAUUCCCCCCCCCGGCAGACUUCUGGUCUCUCUGUUCCCCUACCCCCCCCCCCCAACCAAUAAAGUGUGCGUUCUUU